CCUGCCGGCAGCGUGGGCUGCGGUGCCUGAGACCCGGGGAUGGCGGCGUUGGCUGCGCGCGCGGGUGGGCUUCUGCGGCUGCGAGCUGCCGGAGCGGAGCGGCGGUGGUGCGGACUGCGCUGCGCUGGGCUGGUGCAAGGCUUCCUGCAACCCGGAGGCGAGGACGCGGCCCAGAAGCGGCGGGUGGCCCACUUCACCUUCCAGCCGGACCCGGAGUCCCUGCAGUAUGGGCAAACUCAGAAAAUGAACCUCUUUCAGUCAAUAACAAGCGCCUUGGAUAACUCAUUGGCCAAAGACCCUACUGCAGUAAUAUUUGGUGAAGAUGUUGCCUUUGGUGGAGUCUUCCGAUGCACUGUUGGUUUACGAGACAAAUAUGGAAAAGAUAGAGUGUUUAACACCCCGUUGUGUGAACAAGGAAUUGUUGGAUUUGGGAUCGGAAUCGCAGUCACUGGUGCUACGGCCAUUGCGGAAAUCCAGUUUGCCGACUAUAUUUUCCCCGCCUUUGAUCAGAUUGUCAACGAAGCUGCCAAGUACCGCUACCGCUCUGGCGAUCUUUUCAACUGCGGGAGCCUCACCAUCCGGGCCCCAUGGGGCUGUGUGGGCCACGGGGCUCUCUACCAUUCUCAGAGUCCUGAAGCCUUUUUUGCCCAUUGCCCAGGAAUCAAGGUGGUUAUACCCAGAAGCCCUUUCCAGGCCAAGGGACUGCUAUUGUCAUGCAUAGAAGAUAAAAAUCCAUGUAUAUUUUUUGAACCUAAAAUACUUUACAGGGCAGCAGUGGAACAGGUUCCAGUAGAACCCUACAAGAUCCCCCUGUCUCAGGCUGAAGUCAUCCAGGAGGGCAGUGAUGUGACUCUGGUUGCCUGGGGCACUCAGGUUCAUGUCAUCCGGGAGGUGGCUUCCAUGGCACAAGAAAAGCUUGGAGUGUCUUGUGAAAUCAUCGAUCUGCGGACGAUCGCACCUUGGGAUGUGGAUACAGUUUGCAAGUCUGUGAUCAAGACGGGGCGACUGCUGAUCAGUCACGAGGCUCCCUUGACCGGCGGCUUUGCGUCGGAGAUCAGCUCCACAGUCCAGGAGGAAUGUUUCUUGAACUUAGAGGCUCCGAUAUCUCGGGUAUGUGGAUAUGACACCCCAUUUCCUCACAUCUUUGAGCCGUUUUAUAUCCCAGACAAAUGGAAGUGCUAUGAUGCUCUUCGCAAGAUGAUCAACUAUUGACCACAGAGGUGCCUGCUGCCACAGUUCAACUCCUGGAACCACACGGUAGAAAGAGAAAGCCAUGGUAGAAGGAGAAAGCCAACUCCUGCAAGCUGUCCUCUGACCUCCACAUCGCCAUGAUGCAUGUGCCGUCCCCCCCACACUAAAAUAAAUGUUAAAAAAUUAAAAAGUUUUUCUGAACUCUUAGAAUACAAUCAGAUUUAGGAUAAGCAUGCCAUUUUCACAAAGCAAUUAGGUGUGAUGUUGAUGUGGACUGUAUCUCAAUUUGAGGAGUGUCCCAUUUUUACAAGGUUAAGUCUAGAGGUCCAUGUACAUGGGAGUUUUCCAUUGCUUUCUUCCUUAUUUAGUUUGUCUCAGUGAUCUAGUGUUCAAACUAUAUUUUCCCUUCUUUGGUAAGUGUAGUCCUAAUAAUUUCACUAUUUUAAUGCUCUAGCCCCUUCCAUGUUUCCUCUCUCCAGCUUGUCCCACACCCCCUCUCAAAUCAACAGCCUCUUCUACUUUGAUUAUGAAAAGGUAAAUGGUUGAACCUAAAAAAGAUUACAUUAAGUGAGGAAACCCAGGCCCAGAAAGACAAACACCACAUAUUUUGCAGCUCCUAGUUCCAAAUCUUCAGAUAUGAGUAAAUAACAUAGAGUUACCACAGAAACCAGGAAAGUAAAAGGAUUUACUUUCAAGUUUGCAUGUACACAUGCAUGCCAUAAUGAAUUUAUGUGUACUGUGUGUGUGUACACGUGCCUGAGGAGGCUUACACUGGAGGUUCAAGUGGUUGUGAGCUGCCCAAAGUGGGUGCUUGGAAUCGAACCUGAGUCCUCUGCAAGAACAUUAAGCAUUCUUCAUAACUGAGCCAUCUUGCCAAUCCCAGGAUUUCACUUCUUUUGUGGCUGGACAGUAUUCCAUUAUGUAUAUGCACAUUUCUUUGUCUACUUACAGGUUAAUGGACACUUUCGUUAUUCCUAUUUCUUGAAUAUCGUGGAUCUUGGUUCAAUACACAUGGGAGUACAGAUGUCUUACUCACAUGUUAAUUUCAUUUCCUUUAUAUUAUACUCAGUAGUUAGAUUGUAGACCCAUAUAAUAGUUCUGUUUUACAUAUUAUGAAGAUGCUGAAUGAUAAUUUGCAUAAUGACUGCCCUAAUUUCUAUUCCCACCAACAGUGUGCUAGGGUUCUCUUUGCUCCACAACCUCGCUAGUACUUGCUAUCACUUUCAUGUCGCUGUUUGGUUAAAAACCAUUCUUACUGGUUGAAAAUGAUUUCUUACUCUGGUUUUGCCCUGAUGUUGCCCUGAUGUUGAGUGAUAUUGAGCAUAUUGCAUAAACACCUGCUGGUAUUUGCAUGCCUCCUGUUGAGAGAAGUUGAGCCCCAUUGCCCAUUUCUAGAAGAGGUCAUUUUAUUUAUUUGUUGACUGCUCUCAACUUUGCGGAGUUCUGGAUUUUAACCCUUCAUUUCUUUGCUUUGACUCUUGUUUCCUUUAUGAUUUAAUGUAUGCUGUUCUUGUUUGCCUUCAUUUUCUUUCCUUGCCAAUUUCAAUAUUCUAAAGCGUUUUCCAUAUGCUUUCCUCCAGGAGUUUCAUAGGUUCAAGUUUUACCUUUAAGUCUUUAGUCUUUUUAGAGUUGAUUAUUGUAUCUGAUGAGAGGGGCCUUUCCUCUUCUGAAUGAAGAUAUCCACUUUCACAGCACUGCUUACUGAGAAGUAUGUCCCUUCUUUACCUUGUGUUCUUUGCAUAUUUGUUGAAAAUCAGUUGACUGUACAAAAUUGGCAGCUUAUUUCUAGGCUCUCUCUCAUGUUAGUCUGCUGUCUUCCUUUGUAGGCCAGUACCAUGCUGUUUCAAUUACUGGAGCAUGCACAUUACUGAAAGUCCAGAUGUAAGACACAUUAAGUGAUAUCAGGGGAUGUUCAUGCUUUUGGGGUUGGACCUGAAGCUCUUCUAGAAGCCAUUACAUAAAUAACAAUUACAUAAAUGCUCCAAGGAUUCUCCACAUGCCUAUGGUACAGAUGUUUCUCUGCACAGUGAAGUCCGUCAGCUCACCAGUCAUUUUUAAAUGUUUCAUAGCUUAAGCUUUUAUGCUUAUAGGUUUGGUACAUUUAAACCUUUUGUUUGUGACAUAAGGUAUAGAUAUAAGGCUUCCCCUCUGAAUAUUUUCUCUUUUAGUUUUUUGAAAAAUAAUCUAAUGAUUUUGACCAGUUUGUACAUUAAUAUGCACACUUCAAAAAUCAAAAGGUGGAAACUUCUGGCACUUUUCCUCCUGUGCCUUAUAUCACAUACCAUAAAGGGAGCUAGCCCUGGGACAGAGCCUCUUCACACGGACCAUAGCUCAUCUCCUUGUUCUAAAUGUACCACCCCAUGGCUAGCCUUUCUAAGAUGAUGUGAGUGCAGUGUAAUUUUUUUCAAUACCCUAAUUGAGAAUUAUCAUUCUAUAGUUAGCUAAACAAGAAAGUAUUUAAAAUAUUUAGAAAAUAUUUUAUCUGUUAAUACUUUAACCAAUAUUUUUAUACCUUUAUUUUUUCAUUCAUGGGCUCUUCCCUUAACAUCUGGAAGUAAGUUUGUCAUUCUUUAGAUUUUUUUCCCCUAAGCCAGCGAAAGCUGUACAAUGGGAGAAUUGUAUCGUAAAGGAUAUGUCUGCAGAGCAAUCCCAGAAAUGGUCAUAUCUUAAAUGGCAAAGCAUAUGAAUGUGAGAUUCGGUUGAGAAUCUGAAAAGGAAGAAGUAAUCCAGAUUUUUCUAGGUGUAUUCUAAGAGCAGCAGCAGGAGUCUUGAUGAACAUUGAAGAUAAAGAUGAGAGAUUUGCCAAGUUUGGAGGAUACAGCCACUUACCUGCUCCUGCUCAGGCUUGUCGGCAGCUACCAUCAAUGAGCAAGAGGCAAUGAAUAGUUUCCUCUGCUGGUGAUGCAGUUCAGUGGAGACCUUAGCUCUGGACUCCUGACCUCCAUAGUCCCGAGAGAAAGGAUGUCCAUUGUUCUAAGCCAUUAAGGCUAUCUAGUUUGGUACAGCUGCUUUAUGGUCCGGGCAAGAAGAGUAACACUGUCUUGGAGACUGAACUGCCAGUCUCAAGCUGUAACUUAUUAAUGCCCAGUGUUCUCUGGACAUACUUAUUCUCAUUAUCCGCUCUUGUUUUUUAAAGGGAAACAUAGCCUUUCCCCAUGCUGUAGGGUCUUUUUAAAUUUUUUUUCUCCUGAUGUGCUCCCUCCUUGUUGAUUGCAUUUUGUGAGCCAGGUUAGUACACACACACACACACACACACACACACACACACACACACACACACACACACACGGUUUUCUCACUCCCCAUUUUCCCAUUGUUACCUCUUUUUUUGGUGUUAUGGUCCUCCGCUCCCAGUUACUGCUAAGACCAAUGUGAAGGAACAUCUUCCCUGUUUUCUUCUAGGGAUUUUAUGGUUUCUAGUUUUACAUUUCAACUUUACUUCAUUUUGGCUUGAUUUUUUUUGCAUGGUAUAUGUGCCCAUAUUUUUCCUUGUUAGCAUGUGGUUAUCCAGGUCUGCCAACAACAUUUAUUGAAGAGACUCUUUUUGCCAUUGUCAGUUUUUUGUUCUUUUGUCAAAAAUUGGCUAACCAUACAUGUAUUGCCUUAUUUCAGGGUUCCAUUUCAAUUCCACUGGCCUAUGUGUCUUUUCUAAAGUACAAUGCAGGAUUUCCUGGGUUGUUUGUAGUAUAAUUUAUGAGAAGGCUGUAGCGAUUUUUUUCUUAUGCAACCUUAUCUUGUUUAUUUGAAUCUUCCUAUGGUUUCAUAUGAAUCUUAGAAUUGCUUUUGUUCCCUUAUUUUGGUGCAAAUGGCAGUACUUUUGCAGAUUGCCUUGAUUAGCAUGGAUAUUUUACCAAUAUUAAUUAUUUUAACCCAUGAGCAUGGUGUAUCAAUGCAUUUAUAUUUGUCACCUUAAAUUGCUCUCACCAGUGUUUUCUAGUUUUUCAGUUUAAAAAUCGUUUACUUCCUUAAUUAAGUUUAUACCCAGCAUUUAAUUUUUGGAUGCUAUUGUAAGUGGGAAUGUUUUAUUAAUUUCUUUUAAAAUAUGAAGUAUUUAAAAGUUAAUUUAUUAUUUGUGUGUGUGUGUGUGUGUGUGUGUGUGUGCACAUGUGCACACACCAUCGUGCACAUGUGAAGGUGAGAAGACCACCCUAGGUUUUGCCUUCCACUUGGGUUUGGGAAUUAAAGCUAGUCAGGCCUGUGCUACAUGCACUUUUGCCCCUGUGCCAUGGUGCUGGCCCUAACUUCUUUUUCAGACAGUUAAUGGUAGUGUAUGGAAAUAAAACUUCUUGUAAGUUGAUUUUAUACCCUGCAAUUUACCUCUAUCCUUAGCUCUACUGGGUUUUUUAAAAUUUUUAUUUAUUUAUUUUUAUUCAUCUCUUUAUUUUACAUCCUGGCCACAGCCUCCUCCCAUCCUCCUUUCCUGGACCCUCCUGCCAUGUAUUAAGGCUGGGCAAGGUGACCCAGUAUGAGGAGUAGGUUCCCAAAAGCCAGUAAAGGAGUCAGAGACAACCCCUGCUCCCACUGUUAGGAGCCCCACAAGAGGACAAAGCUAAACUGAAAUGUACAUGCAGAGGGCCUAGGUCAGUCCCAUGCAGGCUCCCUGGUUUCCAGUUCUUAAGGCCCUAUGAGCCCAGGUCAGUUGAUUGUAUGAGCCUUCCUAUGGUGUCCUUAACCCCUCUGGCUCCUAUUCGACUUUCUCCCUUUCUCCUCCUCCCAAGGAUUCAUGAACUCGGCCUAAUGUGUGUCUUUGGGUCUCUGCAUUUGCCUCCAUCAGUUGCUGUAAGGUGCCUCUCUGAUGACAAUUGGGCCAGGCACUAAUCUGGUCACAGAUUUUUUUUUUAAAAUCUUUAGAGGCUUCUGUGUAUAAGAUUAUGCUGUCAGCAAAGAGACCAUUUUAUUUUAUUUUUCCUUCCCAAAAUAAACACCUUUAAUUUCAUUUUUGGGGAUAAGUGCUCUGGCUGGAACUUCUGGUAUGCUGCUGAGAAGGAACAGCAUUGGGCAUCGCUAUCUAUGUGGUCCUGGAGGGAAGACUUUCAACCAUUCCCCAUCACUUAGGAUGUGAGCCAUGGAUGCCUUACAUGUGGCUACAAUCAUUUUGUGAGUGUACAUCUCUUCUGUCAGCCCUUAAUUUUUUGAGAUUUGUUGCUCUGAAGGGAUGUUGAAUUUGGUCAUAUUCCUUGCAUGCUUUAUUCAAGAUGACAGUGUGGUAGUUUCUGUUCUUCCUCUUGUUAAUACUGUCUGCCAUGUUUAUUGAUUUAUAUUACUUCAUAGUGCUGGAGGUUGGAUUUAGAGCCUUGGACCUGACAGACAAGUAUCAAUGACUGCACUAUGCCCUAGCCCACAGGAUUAAUUGAUAUGUAUAUUGAGCCAUCCUUGCACCUGAGGGAUAAAUCAUGCUUCCUUAUGGUGUAUGAUCUUAUAAAUAUAUUGUUGUUGAAUUUGGCUUACUCAUUUUUUUUGGGGAAUACUUCCAUUUGUGUUCAUUUGUGGUAUUGACCUUUAAUCUUCAUGUCUUAUAAAGUCAUCAUCUGGCAAAAAGUAACCUGGUUAGUUAAAGCAAUCCUGAGCAAAAAGAAUGUUGGAGGAAUGCUAUUCUAGAUUUCAAGAUAUAUUACAGAGCAAUAGUAAAAGAGGAAUAUUAGACUGGUACAAAAAUAGGUGUAUAGGUCAAUGGAAUAAGACAGAAGAACCAAGCAUAUAUUUUUGAUGAAGAGACCAAAUUAUACAGUGGAGAAAAGACAGCAGCUUCAACAAAUGGUGCUGGGAAACUAGAUGUUCUCAGGCAGAAGAAUGAAAUUAGACCCAUAUCUAUCACCCUGUAUAAAAAUUAGACCCAACUGUAACAAAGACCUCAGUUUGAAACUUGAAACACUAAACCCACUAGAAGAAAACAUAGGCAGUAUCCUAUAUAAGUAUAGGAAAGGACUUUCUGACCAGGACUCCACUAGCUAAUUCCUAUUAAGGUCAACAAUUGACAAGUGAGACCUUAUAAAACUAAAAAGUGUCUGUAAAGCUAAGGAAACAAUCAUUUGAGUGAAGAAACUCAUGCAUGGAGUGGGACAGAAUCUUUGCCAGCUGGACAUCUGACAGAGGGUUAAUAUCCAGAAUAUACAAAGAACCCACAAAUCAGGGUCAAGGAAACAAAUGACCCAAUUAAAUAAUGGGCUAGGUAUCUAAACCAAGUUCUCAAUAGAAGGAAUAAAAAUGCUUAAGAGGCUGGGCGGCAGUGGUGCACUCCUUUAAUCCCAGCACUCGGGAGACAGAGCCAGGUGGAUCUCUGUGAGUUCAAGGCCAGCCUGGUCUACAGAGCGAGAUCCAGGACAGGCACCAAAACUACAAGGAGAAACCCUGUCUUGAAAAAACAAAAAACAAAACAAAACAAAAACAACUUAAGAAAUACCUCAAAACACAUUCAUCAUUCUUAACAAUUAAGGAAAUGCAAAUUAAAAUUGCAUUGAGAUUUCAUCUCACCGCAAUCAGAAUGGAUAAAAUCUAUAAAUCAAUGAACAAUGAAUGCUUGUGAUGUUUGUGGAAAAGGGGAACCCUCAUUAUCCAUUGUAUGAAUGCAAAUUGGUGUAGCAACUCUGGAAAUCAGUAUGGAGAAUCCUCAAAAGUCUAAAAAUAAAUCUACUGCAUGACCCAGCUAUAUAACUCCUUGGCAUAUAUAUACCCAAAGAACUUGAUACUCUAUUCCACAGAUACUUGCUCAGCAAGGUUCCUAGCUACCCUACUCACAAUAUGAAGGAAAUUGGAACAAUAUAAAUGUCCUUUCUAUUGAUGGAUGGAUAAGGAAAAUAUGAUAUAUAUACACAACAGAAUACUACUGAGCUAUAAACAAAAACAAAUUCAUGAAAUUUGCAGGUAAAUGAAUGGACCUAGAAAAGAUUAUAUUGAAUAAGGAAACUCAGAUUUGGAAAGACAGAUACUGUAUAUUCUCUCAUCUGGUUUUUAGCUCCAAAUCCUCAGAUGUGAGUAUGUAACACAGAGUCACCAUAGAACCCAGGAAGUGUAAAGAGACCAUAGGUGGGGGAGUACCUUGGAGGUGAGUGGCAGGAUACAGGUGAUAUGAAGAGAGAAAUUAAAUAAUGGAGAGGAGGAUCCAUCCUGGAUGGCAGGAUGGAGGCCAAUAUAGAAGGAGAAUGAGGGAUGAGAGAUGAAUAAUACCAAUGCUGUUUGGUAAGCCUCAAAGGAUCAGGUUAUUUUAUAUUUACCUAAAGUUAUAUACAACACAUAAAUGUACACACACACACACACACACACACACACACACACACACACACACACACACCAUAUGGAAGUUAAGCUACUUAAGCUGAAAAUGCUCCCCACAAGAACCUUAAAUGAACAAAACCCCAGUACCAGGCACAAGAAACAUCCUUUGAAAUGGUCAGGGUAGACCAAGCGACUCCUAAAACAACACAUAUUAUAGAGGCCAAGGGUGGGCUCCUGAAAACAUAUUUAAGACACAGGACUCAGAUGAUUUGAACUCUCUCUCUGAGCUGAAAGCCUCUUUCCUAAGGUCUGGCUUCCAUGGUUCUAAAAACACAAUGACACUUCCAAGGGAAGGAAGCCGUUAGACAAUCCUACCCAGCCACAACAUCUGUGAACUGUGACAAUGACCAACAUGACAAGAUAUGUAGGUGCAAUAAGUGGCAUUCACAUGUCAGUGGUGACUAUUAACUGUGUAAAUGGACUUAAGGUCCAUUCAACAGAAGAGCUAUCAUUCCUGGUACUGAAAACCUAGUCAGUUUUCCAGGGCUAGUAAGGUCAUGGAUCUUAGAGAAGAAUCUAUUGCCACCACUUUGCUAGACCAGUAUAAUUCCUUACUAUAUUCUAAAUCUGAUACGCACAGAUAAAUGUAGCUACUACCUCUCAUCAGAAAAGCUCUUCUUUACAGCCAACAGAGACUAUCACAGAAAAGCACAAUGGGACAUAAUGCAGAGAUCAAAGGACUGUGGGAAGCCCAGCCUCCACAGAUCUAGCUACACUGUAGCUCCUUCAUCUAUGGCUCAGGGGACAUCGUAGGAGAAGAGACUGAAAGAUUGAAAGAGUCAGAAUUCCAGGAAGCCUGCUGUGAAACAUCUCUCCUCGAAAUGGCUGCAUAGACAAGACCAGAACAAUGGAAUUAUCAAUGUGGAAUACUGGAAUGUGGAAAUAACAGUUGCAGUGCUAAUGUGGAGUGGGGAAAAUUUCACAGGGUCCUACCCCUGGACAAAGAACUACAGGCAACUCUUGACUUCCGAGAGAAGGGAAAAUAGCCUCUCCCAGGGAUGAAUCCCUUUAUUGGUUGUUCAGUGCAGUGACCAGCCUUGAAAUCAUACAUACAGAGACAACAAAAUGGAUUCAGCAGGUUGUAUUUAUAUGUAUGUGUGCAUACACAUACAUAUGUAUGUAUGUAAAAUAAUAAAUAAAAAAGGAUAUUAAUUUGAAAGGGGAGGGACAUGGGAAGGGUGGAGAGAGGGAAAGUAAUAUAAUUCUAUUUCAAUUAAAAACAUAUUUUAAAAAGAAACUUGUAAAAUAAUAUAUUUCCUUGAGGCCUUGACCCACUCAUAUUUAAAGUAGUUACUGAUAGAGAUGCCAUUUUUUUAGUUCCUGUCUUUAUGAUUUUUCUUCUCCCUCUCCCUCCCUUCAUUCUUUCUUUCUUUUUUUGUAGUGGUAUGCUUUCAGUUCUUUUCUCUUUAUUUUUCUGGUCUCACUCAGUGGCUUCCAUGAGUUUUAGAUAAAACAUUUCAUAGCUACAAAAGCCCAUUUUAGGUUGAUAAUUUAAUUUUGUUUGCAGAUUAAAAAAAAAACUCUAGAAUUUUACAUCUUAUAUUCUCCCUCAUGUUAUACUAUUGUUUUCAUAAUUUACAUGUCACAUUUUUUCCUUAAUGAACCUUCAUUUGUGUGUGUGUGUGCAAUUGCAUAAUUAAAGUUGAUUUCUAUACUAUCAACUCAGUGUUAACGCACUUUGAAUUAGACAGCAGUAGCUACCUUCUCAGUGACUUUUACGUGUUAAAACGUUAGACCAAAAGCACCUUGCUGAAAUGGCUAACACCGUAAGGUGCUUUGUCUUAGUAUAUUCCUUCUCUUGUGUUGUAUAACUUGGUGAAGCCAAUUAGGUAACAAAGUCACCCCACUGCUUCUCAUUGUUUCAGGGCAGGCUAGUCCCCAGUGAACAAUUGCUCCAUAUUACCUGUUUUAUGGAGUACUUGGGUGUUCUAUUCUCUUCUGGGUUUUUGUCCUCUUUGUCAUACUAACUAAUUUCUUGUUCAUGAGAACUUAAAGUAGUAGAUGCUGAUUUAUAGUUCCUUUGUUCUUCCCUACCAAAUACUCCACAUAAGAAUUUUAUUUGCUCAUAAAGAUGUGCUGUGCCCAGCAACUGACUUUUGCUUUGUGCCUGGUAGUCUCUCAGGAGUACGCAGUAUCUGGAGUUAGGCAAAGGAUACUCAGAUUUAGAAAUUAUUUUGCUAUGGUUGAGACAGAUAGUUUCGUUUUCUGGUUGGUGUCAAUUCUGGUAUUCUUUCUACUAAUGGUUAGCAAUUCUGUUGCAUGGAGCCAAGUUAGCAUGUCAGAAAGUACAGCUUUAUGAACUGCCUUUAGCUAGUGCCGAUUCUUCUCACGUUGUUGAUGUAAUCCAGUCUAUUCUAUUUUAUUGAGAAUUUUCAUUUUUCUCCUGCAGCCGUUAGUGAGAAACUGAGCUAUGAUGGUUGGGGAUUGCCAUCUGGAUUCCCUUAGAACCCAAAUUCAUGUCCCAUUAGUAAAUAUUCUUGUGGUUAACGUUAAACUUCAACCAGACACUGUGGUAAAUUGGAUAGAGGAGAGCUAGGAGAAGUUGGUCAAUGGAUACUAUGCUGCAUUAGUUAGGCUGAGUGAGGUCUGGUGUAUAGCAUAAUAGGGUGAAUAUAAUUAGUAGUAGUGCAGUGAGAAUCUUAUAGAAGAGAGGGUUGUGAGCAGAACCACUGUAAGAAAAACGAUAAGAUUCAAUGUAUCAGGUGGUUGAUCAUUGCCUAAUGUACAUGAGUCAGGACAAGAGAUUGUGUUUCAUAAGGUUACAAGUGUUUCAAUCAUAAAAACAUUAAUUUAAUAAAGACCUCUCAGUCUAUAAUUCUCAGACUUUUUUCCUAAUGUCAAGACCAAACAUACAUAUUUGUAUGCCAAUUUGUUUCUUAUUCUUGUGAUCAUUCUCUACUACUAAAGGUUAGUAAUUAUUUUUGACAUUUGCAUUCAAUAUUACAAACAUUCACAUUGAAAUUCUUCUGUUUCAUGUGUCAAUGUUUAUUUUUAAACACGUUUUUUAUCCACAAGUCUCCUUCUCUUGAGAACUUUGAUUUAUUCCCUUUUAUAUAGAACAUGCUGUAAAGUAAGAAAUUUUGAUUUGUGUUUCCCUGAUGGCUAAGGAUAUUGAACACUUCCUUAAAUGUCUUUCAGCCCUUUGAGAUUUUCCCUGUUGAGAAUUCUCUGUUUAGAUCUGCACCCCAUUUUUUAAUUGGAUUAUUUGAUAUUUUGAUGUCUAGCUUCUUAAUCCAUUUUUUGGUUGAGGGGCAUCUAGGUUGAGGGGCAUCUAGGUUGUUUCCGGAUUCUGGCUAUUACGAAUAAUGCUGCCAUGAACAUAGGUGAGCAUGUGUCCUUGAAAAACAAAACAAAACAAAACAACAUCAUCAUGAAAUUUGUAGGCAAAUGGAUGAACUAGAAAAAAAUCUAGUGAGGUAACCCAGGCCCAGAAAGACAAACACAGGUGCCAAACAUAAGACAAAUUACUAAAUGGUCUUAUUAAUAAAACAAAAAACAAAACCUGGAGCCAGGUAUUGGGGUGAAAGCUGAAAGAUCAGAGAAGCAGAACAAGUCACAGUCAACAUCGUCUCACCAACUCCUUAGCUGAUCUCGUUUCCUUAGACUGAAAGCCUCUCAGUCCUCACUGGAAUGGAUCUCAACUGAACUGCCUAAAAGCCUCUAGUUCCUGGUCCUCACACCUUGUAUACCUUUCUGCUUCCUACCAUCACUUCCUGGGAUUAAAGGUGUGCAUCCUUCCCAAGCAAAGACAUGAGAUUUCAAGUGCUGGGAUUAAAGAUGUGUGCCACUACGCCUGGCUCUGUUCCCAGUGUGGCCUUGAACUCACAGUGAUCCAGACAGAUCUUUGCCUCCCAAGUGACAGGAUUAAAGGUGUGUGCCACCACUGCCUGGCCUCUAUGUCUAAUUUAGUGGCUGUCUCUGUUCUCUGAUCCCCAGAUAAGUUUGUUAGGGUGAAUAAUAUAUUGGGGGACACAAUAUAUCACCACAUGUACUCACUCAUAAGUGAAUAUUGGAUGCAAAACAAAGGAUAACUAGGCUACAACCCACAACCCCAGAGAAACUAGGUAAAGAGGAGGAGCAUAAGAGGGCCACACAUAGAUUGCCCCAGGAAGGGGCAAUCUACUGGGUAAACUGGAAGUGGGGAGUAAAGGGGAGGGGAUGGGGUGUGGAACAUGAGGGUUCCAGAUGACUGAGUUGGAGGAAGGAUGGAGAGGGAGAGCAAUGAAAGAGAUAUCUUGACAGAGUGAACCAUUAAGGGGUUAGGGAGAAAUUUGGAGCUAGGGAAAUCCCUAGGAACUCACAAGAAUGUCCCCAGCUAAGACUCAUAGCAAUGGUGGACAGGGUGCUUGAACUAGCCUUCCCUUGUACUCAGAUUGGUGUCUACCCUAAUUGUCAUCACCAAAACCUACAUCCAGUGACUGAUGGAAGCAGAUGCAGAGGAGACCCACGGUCAGGUACUUGGCCAAGCUCCUGGAGUUCAGUUGAAGAAAGGGAGGAGGGAUUACAGGAGCAAGGCAGGUCAGGAUCAUGAUGGGAAAAACCACAGGAUAGCUGACCCAAGCUACUGGGAGCUCAAGGGCUCUGGACUGACAGCUGGGGAGCCUGCAUGGGACCACACUAGGCCCUCUGAAUAUGAGUGACAGUUGCGUGGCUUGAUGUGUUUUUGAGUCCCCUGGCAAUGGGACCAGGACUUAUCCCAGGUACAUGAACUGGCUUUUUAGAGCCCAUUCCCUAUGGUGUGAUGCCUUACUCAGCCUUGAUGCAGGGGAGAUGGGCUUAGUCCUACCCCAACUUGGUAUGCCGGCCUGUGUUGACUAUCCAAGGGAGGCCUUACCCCCAUGAGGAGGGGAUGAGGGUGGGAUGGGGAGAGGUGAGGGUGGGAGUGGGAGAAGGAGAGUGAGGGAACAGGGGUUGGUAUGUAAAAUGAAAACAAAAUUUUUUAAAAUUAACCUCCCCCCAAAAAAAGAAAUUUUGGAGGUUUCUUUUUUUCUUUCUAUCUUUCUUUCUUUUUUUGAAAGAUUGUGGCAUUAACAUAUGACUAACAUACUAAAAUCUAUACACUUUUAUUGUAUGUAAUAUGGUAAAUUUGGAUAUAACUACUUAGUUUUGAAAGUAUUACUGCAAUAUUCAUUAUCCUAAAAAUUCCUUUCAUCCCUUAUGAUGAUGAUGGUUUUGACAGUGAUGAUGAUGAUAGUUGUUGUGAUGGUGAUGGUGGUGGUGAUGAUGGUGAUGAUGGUGAUGAUGAUGAUGAUGAUGAUGGUGAUGAUGAUGAUGAUGAUGAUGAUGAUAGUGAUGAUGAUGGUGAUGGUGAUGGUGAUGACGAGUACCAUGGCUUGUUAGCUCUGAUAACAAUGUUUUAGUAAGCUCUGCCAUCUUGGCAGAUCAUUAAGCUAUAUAAUACAUAGAGAAAUUUCAUUUUUGCUCUUUAUUUCCUUUUGUGAGGUUCUAUAUGAGUCAAACAUUUCUGAAUUCUGGCAUAUCUGAGGAUUUUAUUCUUUUGAUUCAUAUGAGUGACAAGUUGGUUCUUUUUUAAAUCAUUCAAUUUUUAUGUUUAUGCUUACAUAUGUGUGCCUAAGUAUAUGUCUGUACACCACAUGCAUGCAGGCACCUAAAGAGACCAGAUGGAGUCAUCAGAUCCCCUGGAACUAGAGUUAUAGGUGGUUGUGAACCAUCAUGUGGAGUCUAGGAACUGAACCAGGUCCUCUGGAAGAGCAGAAGGUGCUCUUAACUGCUGACCUAUCCCUCCAGCCCCAUAGUUGAUUCUUCUCAUAAAAUUUUUCUUCAAAUAAAUUGUUACUACAAUAUUGGUUCCCAUAUCAUGUUGGAGAGGAAAAGUGUUUGUUAGAAUGAUAUUUUUGCUUUGUUUAAAAUCUAUUGUUUAUUUGCCUGCUUGUAUGUAAUCUUGAAGAUCUUAUUUAUAUUUUUCCUUCAGAUUCUAAAAUAAAUUUAUGACAUAUUAGG